CGGAGCUGCACCAAUAGAAUUGCGAGUCGUGUUGUAGGCUGAACUAUUAAAAACACCAGUGUCGGUUUUAGUCAUUUUUAACGGUGCUGUCUACCAGGGCAGAAGCAUGGCCACUGCACAGUCAACGCUGAUGUUCGCAGUCUGCAUUCUGAUGAUAACAGAACUCAUACUGGCCAGAAAGGACUACUAUGACAUCCUCGGUGUGCCAAAAGAUGCUUCAGAACGUCAGAUCAAAAAAGCUUUUCACAAGCUUGCCAUGAAAUAUCACCCCGACAAGAACAAGAGCCCCGAUGCAGAAACCAAAUUUCGAGAGAUUGCAGAAGCAUACGAAACGCUAUCCGAUGAGAAAAGAAGGCGGGAGUAUGACCAAACAGGAUACAAUACAUUCAGCAAUGAAGACCUGAACAGAGGAGGAGAGCAGCGUUCUCAUCAUUCCUUUGAUUUUAACUUCGACGACAUGUUCAGAAACUUUGACAUCUAUAGCCAAAACAGGCAAGCUCGUUCAAAAAGGCACUUUGACGAGCACUUCAGGGCCCACCAGCAAGCGCACAACCGCCAUAAGAGACACUCCCAGGCUACUUUUGGUACCGGAGUCUUUGAGGACAUGUUUGAGGACAUGGAGAAGAUGUUUACAUUUGACCGACACAUAAAAAGAACAGAGAGCAGGUUUCAGGGCACAGCCAAACAGCACUGCAGAACGGUGACCCAGCGAAGAGGAAACAUGGUCACCACGUACACAGAUUGCACCUCAUCCUCCUGAACAUCAGAGUGGGCCACAGACUGGACCAUCACACUUUGAUUUUAUGCCUGAUUUAGAUAGAGUUAUUAAUUUGCUGCUGUGAUAAGUGGGGUUUGAUUUUACAUGUGACUGAUCUGUUAUUUAUGAUGAGUUUAGAGUACGUAUAGAGUUUUUAUUGGUUUGAUUGAGAUUUAUAAUUGACACUAUGUUGAAUAGUGGAGUCUUAAAGGAAUAGUACACCCCAAAAUUAAAAUUUGCUCAAAGUGUACUCACCCCCGGUACAUCUAAGAUGUAGAUGAGUUUGUUUCUUCAUCAGAACAGAUUUGGAGAAAUUUAGCGUUAGAUCACUGGCACACCAAUGGAUCCUCUGCAGUGAAUGGGUGCCGUCAGAAUGAGAGUCCAAACAGCUGAUCAAAACAUCACAAUAAUCCACACAACUCCAGUCCAUCAAUUAAUGUCUUGUGAAGUGAAAAGUUACAUGUUUGUAAGAAACAAAUCCAUCAUUAAGGUGUUUUACCUUUCAACAAUCGCUUCUGUCCAAAAGAUAUGAGUAAAUAACACUAACUAUAACUCAUAAUAAAACUUCAUCCAGUGAAAAAAAGCCUGUGCCCUGUUGACCUCUCACAUCAUUUUUGUUUAGAACUGUAUUGAGCUGUUUUCUCUAGUAAACAGUGCUUGAGCUGUGCAUGUUCCUCCAUUGAUUUAGACAAGAUGACUUUUUCACUGGAGAAAGCAAUAUUAUAAACAAAGGAGUGGUAUUUUAGCUGGAAGCAACAGUUUGAAGUUUAAAAACGUCGUCUUGAUGGAUUUGUUUCUUACAAAUAUGCAGCGUUUCACUUCACAAGACAUUAAUUGUUGGACUGGCAUUGUGCUUUUCAACUUUCAUUCUGACGGCACCCAUUCACUGCAGAAAUGUGUAUUUUCAGCACAUUUUCAUUUUUGAGUGAACCAUUCCUUUAAUAGCCUGAGAGUCUAGUUUUAGGCAUUUUAUGAGUUUACUUUCAUCCCUGCAGCACUAAAUUAAAAAAAAAAAUGAAAUGGUCAUUAAUUUGUUAAUAAUAACAAACUAUAUUUGAUGACCCUGUAAUAUUAGUGUGCAUUUAUGUUUAAAUUGCACUUUCUUGAUCAUAUGAAACAAGUUGUUAUACACACAAAAAACAAAUUCAUGCCUAGUUAGCAACUAAAAUCCAUAACAAAUGUGCUGAAAUCCUGAAUCAUAAUUUGAUGAAAGCAUCAGACAGAUCAUUUAGCUCUUCCAUUAUCUUCUCUUCUUAUCCAAGGUUGUAUAAUUUAUGUUGGUGUUGAACGCUCGUGGUAUGAAUCAUCUUCAUGAAAUAGUCUCUUAUUUUUAUGUGAAGCUAAACAAAUGUUUGCUGCAUUGCUGUGAAUAAUUUAGUUCAUUAUACUGAAGUAGUUUCUUUCAAACUCGGACUUGUUAGAUAGAGAGGUGCCUUUCCCACUCAUUGUGGUAGACUGAGUUUAAUGCAAUCCGUUUGGAGCACUUUUAUGACCUUAUGUGUAUUAUAGUUUGCAUGGCUGAGAGAAAGUAGGACUCAGUUUUUGUGAUGGACAUCGGUCACCCGGUUGGGUUUGCAAACAGCUUUUGUUUUAGGAAAGUACCACAAGUCUGACAUUGUUCUCUGAGCCAAAGUGUAUUUUGGCUGAACACUGUGUAUGUUUGUAACAAAACAUACGAGAUGAGAUUGGUUUCAUAUGGUAGUUAUACCCCUAAAAUAAAAAAAGGCAAGGGGAAUAUACCAACUUAGCAUUUGCCUGACAAUGUUUUUUUCUUUUUGUAAAUACGAUGUAUAACUCAGCUGUGUUCCUGUAUGACUUCACCUGUGACCUGUUUUGUUGAAUAAUCCUGUGUGCAAUAUUUAAAGGCAGCUCUCGUGUUGUUUUUACUGUUACCCGCUGACAUAGUUGUUAUGAAAUGAGUCUCGGUAGACUCAUCUUGCACUUUCUUUAUUGUAAUCCUAUGGAUGAAAAAUAAAUCUGAAAUGGACGAUUUGAACCCAGAUGUAUGUAUACUUGGGUUAACAAUAAAUAGUGUUGAAAAUCA